CGCAGUACACCUGCUCACCUUUGGCUCAAAAUAAUACAGAUACAAUAUACAGCUAUAUUUGACUUAUACUUACGACUUGUUACUUGUUUUACUUUAUCUCAAACUGGACACAAAUCACAUAUUUGACACACACACACAUUGAGUUUUUUCUGAAGGUGAAGACAACAAUGGCGCCAUCAGUCCUGCAGAAUGGGGGAUUUUUUUUGGGAUUGAUUGGUGCUGCAGCUCUCAUCGCAGCCACUGCCACAAACGCCUGGAGUGUCAAAGACAGGCAGGGGGACAUCGUGACAUCUAUUUACACCUACAAGGGUCUGUGGCGGGACUGUGAGACGACCUCGUCUGGACUAACAGAGUGUCAUCCACUCUAUGGCCUCCUGGGCUUUUCAGGUGUCUUCCAGGCAGUGCGAGCCCUGAUGAUCGUGGGUGUGGUGCUGAGCACGACUGCUGCGGUGAUGUCACUUUUCUCCCUGACCUGCAUCACCAUGAACAGCGUGAACGACAGCACCAAGGCCAAGAUGAGCAUCGGCGCUGGCAUCAUGUUCAUCAUUUCUGGUUUUUGCGGCAUCGUGGGAGCCUCCAUCUACGCCAAUCAGAUUGUGGCCAGUUUCAGGAUGUCCACCUACAACUAUGGUGGAGAAGGAAUAAUGGAGGGAGAGAUGGGGAUGGGGAUGGGGAUGGGCAUGGGAGGAGGAAUGGCAGGAAUUCCCAGAUAUACAUUUGGCCCUGCACUGUUUGUAGCCUGGAUAGGAGGCAGCGUGCUGAUCGUUGGCGGCAUCCUGGAGUUACUGGCUUUCAGGGAAAUGAUGAAAGAUGAAAGGGCACGUUACCCAGGAGUUGCUUACAAACCUCAGUCUCACACCAGAACUGAGCCGGAUGAUCGGCAUUCAGAGGGUGGCAAGAAUUACAUGUAACUUUUAAUACAACAUCAACACCAACAGUUGGUUUCUUUGAGGAUUUUCACAUGCAGCAUGCUUUAUGUGAUGUUUUUGUUCAGUUUUCAUUUAUGCACUUCAUCU